CUUAUCCCGAGUCUUCCAAAUUUGCGCGGUCAAAAUUUUUUGUAAACAAAAAUUUAUUGAAGUAAGAAAAUAAAAACAUAAAAUGGUUUGUGAUAAAUGUAUGUGAAACUGUUUUUUUUUAACUUUUAAAACUUAGAUAUACUGUAUGAAUACCCUGAGUUAUUCAUGUUGUUGUUUGUAAGUUCCUUGUAGAUUUACAUGGCGCUAAAUUAUUGUUUUGUUUGGUGGAAAACACCACAAAUUUCUUUCUUUCCUGUAUUUCAAAAGGUGAAAAAAAGCUUGGUAAGGUCAUUACACCGGAUCCCUGGAAAUCUGGCGCUCGAAAUACGACAGGUUAGAGCUAGGUUUUGAUAUUUUGAAGCCUAGAAGUUUCAGUGAUAGUUGUAUGUUUUGUAAAGUUAUGUCACUUUGUGUUUUGUAGAGGGAGGAGGAAGGAAGGUUGGUGAGAAUAAACUACUUACACAGAAGAAAAAUAGGUAUGUAUUUAUAUCACUUGUAGGUACUGUUGGUGGGUGCCAGUAGGUAUUGUGGGCCAGUAGAUGGUGGUCAAUUUCACAUCACUUGUGAUGUUGUGGUCACCACGCUUGCCUUUCAAGCAGACCUGGAGUUCAAUCCUUGAUCAGAGACCUGGGUUCAAUCCUUGGUUGGACCUCUACUCAAGGUCUUAAAAUAAUCGAGGAGAAAGAGCUACCUUUACAAUGACAUCAGUAAAUGGUUGGACUUUCGUGUCUUCUCAGAUAAGAAUGUUAAAGCCCUGCCAAGCAAGGCUGGCCAGUCACAUUCCUAUGAUCUGACAUGACUGGUUGUCAUACCCCCUAUAUGUACUACAUAACUUGUACAAUUUAAUUUCAUGUUGCUAUACCAUGUUCGUUGACAGGUUUACACCUUACAGUCAAUUUGAAAAAUGUCGGAUAUGCAAGACAACUGUACAUCAACCUCAUUCAAAAUACUGCCAAGGUUGUGCUUACAAAAAAGGUAGGGAACUGUCAUAGAUCUGUGGUAGCAUAGGUGUUGAUAAUAACACCAGGGGCCGGUUGUUCAAAGGUGGAUUAACAUUUGAAUUAACAGGGGCCGGUUGUUCAAAGGUGGAUUAAUAUUUAAUCUGCUGUUUUAGUUUAUGUAUUUCUGCACAUCCAUUUGUUUCAAAACUUCAGAGAAGAAAACUCCCAUUGAUCCAGACAAGGUUUCUGAAGAAAUAUUCCCAAAUUUAUAAACAAGCUGACGUUGAGAAAUUUGCUCUGAAUUUUAGGUUAACCUAGGGUCAAGAUAAUCCGCUUUUGAACAAGUAAAGUUGUCUGGCAUUAGAGUAAAAUCAUCUGGCAUUAGACGGAGUAAAAUAAUAUAGUAGGGCACAUUGCCACUUAACCCUUUAAGUGGCAAUGCACCCAGAUGCACCCUACUUUAUUUUGUUGCUCUGUCUAAUGCCAGAUGAUUUUACUCAAAAGGGGGAGAGUGCCACCACUCAAUGGGUUAAAGGGGUUAACUAAUCUGAAGUUUUCAGACAUUGAAUGAACAUGCUUUUUCCUAGUUAUUAAACCUCUCAUAUUUUAACAUUUGUAUUUUCUAAGGUAUAUGUUCUAUGUGUGGAAAACAGAUAUUAAACACGAAGGAUUACCGUCAAAGCUCGGUGUAGGAUUUGGAAGAUGUUACCAUUCUUCAUCAAGACCUAGCUUGCUCAGAACUCUUGCUACAUUUCCUGUACAGGGUGAAAUAUUUCCAUUUUAUAAAAUGCAAGAAAGACCAAUGAUGUGACAGAAACUUGAAAAAGCAUUUUUGUUGUAAAUAAGAAAUGUGGAGAUGCAAUUGUAAUAAAAUUUUAAUUUCAAUUUACGUUAAUUUUACAAUGUUCUAAGAACAAUGGUUAUAAUGUGAUUUAAGUAAUAACAAAACAAAAAUGAACUUGGCAAAAUAUCUUAGGGAUAUAAAGUGCACUAAGUGAAAACAAAGCCUGAUAAUCAGGCUACUGCACUAGUUUAACAUAUUAGUAAUAUAUUCUGUGUUAUAAUAAUUACAUUUAUUAAUCAAUAACUAUACACCAGUCACAUUGUUUGUGCUAAGUUAAUUACAUACAGUAUUACAAAAAACUGUUUUCAAUCUUGGAAAAAAUGUGAACCAUACUCUUGUUCCAAGCUUCUCCUGACACUCUCAGCUAUGCAGAUUUUUUCUGAAUCAUGUGGAUGAAAUAUGCUGGUGUUUCAAUCUCUCCUUUUGGCUUGAAGUCACCCCAAACAACAUGUUCAGUGUCUUUCCCAAAGACACCUUCCAAAAGCUCAUCAAAUUUCGCCAAGCGAUGUGGGUAGUAUGAUAAACGGAAUUUGCUAAAUAAAGUGUU